AUGUCUCAAUGCUGCCCAGUACUUUUGCAUGUAAAAUAUCCAUCCAUCCAUAUCCUUUUCAGGGUCACGGGGAACCUGGAGCCUAUCCCAGGAGGCAUCGGGCACAAAGCGGGGUACACCCUGGACAGGGUGCCAAUCCAUCGCAGGGCACAAUCAGCAUUGCCAGAUACAUGUCGGAACCGCUGUUAUACGCCGUAUGAUUAUGAGACUCCAGGCUGUCGAUGUGACGAGCAGUGUGUGAACAGUAACAGCUGCUGUUAUGAUUUUGCAGAUAUCUGCCUCCAGCCGAUUGAGAGCUGGGAGUGUACACCAUUGCGUUGUGGGGAAAAGCGUGUCUCUGGUAGUAAGUGUCACUGCUCUUCUGACUGUGUGAGUGCUGGAGACUGCUGUACGAACUAUGGCAUUGUUUGCAAUGGAAUGACACCAUGGGUGCAGGAUCAGUGUGUGAGCAUGAGCAGCCCUAAGUGUCCUGCUAAUUAUAAGAGGCAGCCUCUGCUGCUCAUCUCUCUCGAUGGAUUAAGAGCGGAGUAUCAGCAGACAUGGCACUCCCUCAUUCCGGUCUUGGACAAGCUACGAAAAUGUGGAACAUCCUCAGCAUUUAUGCAGCCUGUAUUUCCAAGUAAAACCUUCCCGAACCACUACUCCAUUGUUACGGUCAGUAGACGUGCAUUACUGUAUUUAUGUUCCUGUAAAUCCUUUUACCAAUAUUGCCUGGUGAAAUAUGACACUGCCGGGGAAAAUAACAUUACACAUUUCUAUUUAGCCUUGGGGCUUUUAAUAUUAGAAAUCGGAAAUCGUUAG